AGCUCACUGUGGUGUGAGCAAUUGGGCAUAGUACAACGUAAUCCUUGUAUAGCAACGGCGUGUCUUUCGAAGCAGCGAGCAUUUAAGAAUGGCACUUCGUGUUACAAGGAACCGCUUGGCUUCCUCAAGGACUGACCUCGCUGGAAAGACUUGCACAGUUACUGGGCCAGCACUCAAGACGCGAGCCGCUCUUGAGGAAAUUGGUAACGUCCCAGCUAACAGAGAGCCACAGAAGAAGACAAUCAAGAAGGCCCAGGCUGUUAAAAAGACAAAGGCUCCUGUUGUGACUGAAAAAGCUGAGCCCAAACCUAAAAAUGUUCCUGUGGUACAGGCUAAGCUUGUGCCAGUGUCCCCAACGCCAAUGGAGACUUCAGGCUGUGAGCCCGCUGACUUGUGUCAGGCAUUUUCUGAUGUCAUUCUGCACACUGCUGUCAGGGAUGUGGACGCAGAUGACUAUGACAAUCCGAUGCUCUGCAGUGAAUAUGUAAAAAAUAUAUACAAGUACAUGCGGCAGCUGGAGGCUGAGCAGAAUGUCAGAGCAAAUUAUCUCCAAGGCCAGGAAGUGACCGGUAACAUGCGUGCCAUACUUCUUGACUGGCUAGUCCAAGUGUCCCUCAAGUUCCGCCUGCUGCAGGAAACCAUGUACAUGACUGUGGGAAUAAUUGACCGCUUUCUUCAAGAUAACCCAGUCUCCAAGAAACAGCUGCAGCUUGUUGGAGUUACUGCUAUGUUCCUUGCUUCCAAAUAUGAGGAAAUGUAUCCACCGGAGAUAUCCGACUUUGCCUUUGUGACAGACAGGGCUUACACCACUGCCCAAAUUAGAGAGAUGGAAAUGACAAUCCUGCGUGUGCUGAAAUUUCAACUCGGCCGCCCCCUUCCCCUGCAUUUUCUCAGAAGGGCCUCAAAGAUUCAUGAAGUAACUGCAGAGCAACACACCCUGGCAAAAUACUUGCUCGAGUUAACCAUGGUCGACUAUGAAAUGGUUCAUUACCUGCCUUCGUUGGUGGCCAGUGCUGCUUUGGCUCUUGCGCUCAAGCUCUUGGAUGCCGGUGAAUGGGAUGCGACGCUGCAACACUACAUGGAGUACACCCCAGACAGUUUGAUACCCGUCAUGGCGCACAUUGCAAAGAAUGUUGUGAAGGUGAAUGAAGGACAAACUAAGCAUAUGGCUGUCAAAGGAAAGUACUCUACUUUAAAACAGAUGAGAAUUGCAACAAUCGCACAGCUCAAGUCUUCCAUAGUGAAAGAUCUUGCAAAGCAGCUCGCAGUGAGUUAAAUUUGUGUGAAAUGGUUUGCUUUUGUACAGAUUUGACCUAAUUUCUCCACCCUAAAGCUUUUUAUCACUUUUAAUGUUUUAAGUCUAUUUUAAAUCUGUGUGAAAGUGUUUUCUUUUAAAGCUUGAAAUGGAUAUAAUUCUUACACCUGCAUCAGAUCAUUUAAUCUGUCAAAUGCUUGUAUUGGUAAUUAAUCCCUGAUUGUUGGCAAUGUUUUACUCCUUUUGCCCUGCAAGACUCUGUAGGUUUCGAUUCACAUUUCUGCUGUUCAAGUUAUGUAAAUGUACAGCAAGUUUUCAUUGGUUUACAUUCUUGAAUGUUUGAAAUUAAAUGUUUUGACCAGAA